AUGACACGUGCAAAACCAGGUACAGCUUCAUUACAAUCAAGAAAAUUUUAUUUAAAUGUUACACCAGAUAAAACUGUUUACAAUAUCGAUACUCCAAAUUGUAUAAUAAAGAAAUUUACCUCAGAUGGCGAAAAGUUGUUAUGUUUUUCAAAAGAUUUCAAAGAGAUUAUACUCUAUCGUUUUAUAGGCUCAAACUUUAAUAUACCAAAAGGAACCAGCAAAGCAGAAAAAGAGAAAAUUGAAAGAAACUUUAAUACUUAUUUCCGCUCUCUUUAUCAAAGCUAUAUACCAAAUUUUAAUGAAUAUUUAUGCCGUGACUUUGCUUUGACAACUUUAUGUGGAAAUUAUGUAGCAUCAAGCGGAGCAACCACCAAUCAACUUUCAAAUCAAAAUAAUAUUGAAGAGCACCAAGAUAUAAAUAGAAAUAGAAAUACAACACAAUCGAUAAAUUUACAAAACUGUGAAGAUUUAACAUUUUAUUUAGUUAGCAUUAAUGACGGUGUUGUUAGAGAUAAAAUUACAUUCAAACGAGAUGUAAUCCAUUUAGCACAUCAUUCAGGUGUCUAUCUUUAUAAAGAUUUGUUUAUAGUACUUUCACUUCAAUACCAAUCAAUUCAUAUCUUUCAAAUUAAAGAUGCCAAAUUUGUAAAUUUACGUACUAUAGGGCCACAUUGUAACGAGGAUGAUCAAUUGGAAAUUGAUCAUUUAAAUAAAAAGGAAAUUCCAUUUUUAAAACAACAAUUAGAAAAGCAACAACGUCAAGAAACCUAUCAAACUAUUAGUCCGAUGAAUCCUGAUUUCGUUGUCUCCUAUUUAAACAGAAAUAAAUCAAAACAAUCAGCUUCAAAUGAUAAAAAGAAUCAAAGAGAAUUAAAUGCAAAUAAUUUAAAUAAUCAUUUAAAGAAGACUGUUGAAAAUAUACCAACAACAACAGCCACCAAUAAUACAUCUCCAACCACAACCACAACCACCACAACAAAUAAUAACAUAAAUAUAAAUCUUAGAGCUACUUUACCAGAUCCUUUAAAUGAUGUUAUAAAUCAGCAACAAACUAGACAACCACCAACAUUACCCGCCCCAGCACCAACACCAGCACCAACACCAGCACCAGCACCAAUACCAACACCAACACCAGCACCAACUAAUAAUCGUCCAUUACAACAAACUCAAUUAAAUAUAAGAGUUAAUCCAAAUAGAACCACAACUACAACAACAACCACAACCACCACAACCACAACAACUACUACAACUACUGAAUCAAAUCCCAAUGCCUUUGUAGAUAUUAAUUUAUUACGUAAUACUAUUAAUGGUGGUUUAGGUAAUUCAAAUAAUGGUAUUCCAAAUAUUACCAAUAAUAAUGUUACUACAACAGCAACCAAUAAUACAACAAAUAAUAUUGUUACCAGCCCACCACAACAAGAUUUUAUUUUACCUAAUCAAUCUACAGUUUUAGAAGACGAAGACGAUAUUAUUUAUCCAAAUAGAAAUCCUGAAAUGAAAAAAUUAAAAGAUAAACAAAUAUUUGGAAUUAAACAAAGAUUCCUAACAUAUCUUUUCAAGAAAGCUAACACAAGUGAAAACAGAACCAAAUCGCUCAGUAUGUACUAUUCAUUAUUCCCACAAUAUUGCAGCUUGGUUAUGUGGAAAAUGCAAUCUUUGGAUGCUUCACAUCUUUUAAUUAAAUUUGGAUCAAUUGAUGGCUUAUUGGGUAGGGUCACCGAUUACUGUAAUCAAAUCUGCUUCUUUGUAGUCUAUAACAUCUACACAACCGAAAUUAUAGGUGUCUAUGAAAACUCAAAUAAGGAAUUUGCUAAAACAUUCGAACAAUUUUGCGAACAUUUCCGUGCUUGUAGUUGCCCAUCUGGUUUAAUUAAAUUUAGAAGUACUUGCUCAAACAAUAGCUUUGUUCGUGAACAUUUAAUUAAACAGAAAUUGGCUGUUGUAAAUGCACGUUAUGGUGGUGAAACCCAAGCAGUUAAAAGAAUUUUAUCAGCUCUCCCAUUUUCUCCUCAAUCCUGGAAUGAAAGUCCAUAUUUUGAUAAAUAUCUCUUUAGUUAUGACGAAAAGAUUAUUUCAUCAACAGAAAGACCUAAACCAUUAGUAGAUUUCCCUAUUAAAUUUUAUUCCCGUAUCAGUGGCGAAGUUAAAUUCAAAUUAAAUACUGGUCUUCAAGAUAAAAAUGAAAGAACUGCCAAAAAAUAUGCAACCUAUAUUUUCCAUCCAUAUUAUCCAUUCAUUAUUUCUCUUCAACAUUCUUCAAACUCAACUCCAUUAACUGUUAAUUUCCACUAUGUUAAUGAUGAUGAAGAUGAAUUAUUGGAUGACGAUGUUCAAAAAUUAUCAAAAAGACACAGAGUUAAUUAA